AUGGCCCUUGAGAGGACGGACAACAGCUCAAUUUUUUUUGCAGGAGGGAUCCAACUACUUCAACGUCAGGACACGACCAUCAUCUUACCCGCGGUCCUUACAGCUAUCUCCGGAAUCGGUGUUCCCGGGAAUCUCAUUCUUCUGGUCGUUCUAGUGUAUGGACUGAGGACUGGGACUGUCUCUGAGGCCAGAACAUUACUGGCCAGCCUAUGCGUAACGGACUUGUUGAUUCUGUCCGUGUGCGUGCCGGUGCGCGUAAUUACCUACCACACGGGCACAUGGAUGCUUGGGGACCUUGCCUGCAAGACAACAGAAUGGUUUCAGCAUGGGUGCCUCGCGGCUAAAAACUUCACUCUUGCCGCAACCAGCAUUGCUCGUGACCAUCCUCCACUAUGUCAAGUACAGGGCGCCAAGUACAGGGCGAGGAGAGCACUUUGGACGAUGGUGUUCUCUUGGAUUGUGGCGCUUGUCUUCCCAAUACCGGAACUUAUGUUUUCCAAGAUGCAGGCUCGCGGGGAUUCGUGUUUGUGCGUGUGUGAGAUCCCCCGAAAAUAUCUCGGGUUUAUAUCCCUGUUUAGCAAGGUGUUUUCAGUCGCUGCCUGUGCUAUUCCGAUCUUAAUCGCUUUUAUCAGCUACACGAGAACCAUCUUCCACACAAAGUCGCAGACGGCCAAUGUGGCUUCAAGCCCUGCUCAACACCAAGCCCGGAGGCGCGCGCUGAUGCUCUUGAGCCUCACGGUGGCGCACACGCUCCUGGUGUUGCCUCAGUGGGUGUUCUGGGCAUGGGCCCGACACAACCCACGCGUCAACUUCCAACCUCCCGCGACCCUCCUCAUCAUCGCUCAGGUGUGCGUGUACCUCAGCAGCACGUGGUCUCCCGCCAUUCUCCUCACUGCGCAUGGGUCGCUCAGAGAAGACCUGUCUCGAGUAUGUAGGUCCGUCUCCUGCCAGGAUUCAAAAUCGGAAUCUGACGAGCCACAAGAACUGGGUGGGAACGAGCAAGGCACACGCAUGAUACUGAUCAACCUUCCUGCUGACUCGAGAUGCGCGUCCUUGCCACCCGAAUUGCAAAGUGUGCGCACGGACGAAUUCGGUCGUCUUCUGCCCGACCUCCAGCAGUUUUGGACUGGGCGCCAGAGCACAUUGGUGUUGCAGGAGCAUGACCCACUGCCAUGGGAACGGUUUGGAGAAAGCACAGCCAACUUAUGA